GAGGGAGGGCUGACUACGAAGCAAAGCGGGGGGAGAGACGAACAGCACGCAGGGCCUAGUUGCCACAUUUCUUUUCACGAGAAGAAGCUGCUCCGCUAAAACGUCAGUAAUUAGUUUUUAUUUAUUGAAAACAUAUAAGAAAAUAAUCCAGCUAGCAUAUGCACAGAAGAAUUUCGGCAGAAACUGAACAGGCAGCUAUACUCUGGUCUGUUUGGCUCUACCGAUCCACUCGACUAUCUGGUUUGCUAGCUGGGAUCCGUUUUUGGUUUCCCUAACCAACUCCGGCCCGGGCCUCAGUCCGCGGUCUCGAGUUUGAUAGAGAGCUGCUAAAGACGAAAGCACAUCGUCCUGCCGCUGCCACCUAGCCCUUGUGCACAAACUACCAUAAUGGGAGACAGCAGAGAUUCUCGCAGUCCAGACAGUUCGUCUGUGUCUUCCCCACCUUCGGGCCAACGCUCACCCCCACUGGUUCCAUCAGCAGCUUCCAUGACCUCCCUGCCGCCCAUCACCACCGCUGGAGUCAACAGCCCCAUCAGUAGCAUCGGCUCCCCAUUUUCCGUUAUUAGCUCAUCACUGGACUCACCCUGCCUACCUGGCACCCCGUCAGUGGGAUAUGGCCCGAUUAGCAGCCCUCAGAUCAACUCAACAGUGACCAUGUCCGGGCUCCAUACAGUGAGUAGCUCUGAUGAUGUGAAACCUCCACUGGGCUUGAAACAGCUGUCGGCUCACAGCCCAGGACCGAUGCUUUCCCAGAAACGCCUUUGUUCCAUCUGCGGAGAUAGAUCCUCUGGUAAGCAUUAUGGUGUCUACAGCUGUGAGGGAUGUAAAGGCUUCUUCAAGAGAACAGUGCGAAAGGACCUAACCUAUACUUGUCGAGACAAUAAAGACUGUAUAGUGGAUAAGAGACAGAGGAACCGCUGCCAGUACUGCCGCUAUCAGAAGUGCCUGGCCAUGGGCAUGAAGAGAGAAGUGGCCAAGAUGAACGACAGAUCUGUCCAAGAGGAGCGUCAGAGGAACAAGGAGCGCGAAGGCGAGGUCGAGUCCACCACUGCAGUGAACGAAGAGAUGCCAGUCGAGAAGAUUUUGGAAGCUGAGAUGGCCGUAGAGCAAAAGACGGAGCUUCAYGCAGAUGGAAGCUCAGGCGGCAGCUCUCCCAACGAUCCAGUCACCAACAUCUGUCAGGCAGCAGACAAGCAGCUCUUCACCCUGGUAGAGUGGGCCAAGAGGAUCCCUCACUUUUCUGAGCUGCCCCUGGAUGAUCAGGUCAUCUUGCUGCGUGCAGGCUGGAAUGAGCUCCUGAUUGCAUCGUUCUCCCAUCGCUCCAUCUCGGUGAAAGACGGGAUUUUGCUGGCCACAGGUCUCCACGUCCACAGAAACAGUGCUCACAGUGCAGGGGUUGGAGCCAUCUUUGACAGGGCGAACAAUGCUGAGGUUGGGGCCAUAUUUGACAGGGUUUUGACCGAGCUCGUAAGCAAAAUGAGAGACAUGCAGAUGGACAAGACCGAGCUGGGCUGUCUUCGUGCUAUUAUUCUUUUUAACCCAGAUGCCAARGGUUUGUCCAACUGCAGUGAGGUGGAGCUUCUCAGAGAGAGGGUUUAUGCAUCCCUUGAAUCUUACUGUAAACAGAAAUACCCCGAUCAGCAGGGCAGGUUUGCAAAGCUCCUCCUUCGACUCCCAGCACUGCGCUCCAUCGGUCUGAAGUGCCUGGAGCAUUUGUUCUUCUUUAAACUGAUUGGUGACACACCUAUUGACACCUUUCUGAUGGAGAUGCUUGAGGCGCCUCACCAGCUGACCUAAGGGGGGCGGAGCCACGUUCAAAUCGGUCAGGAUCCGAUGCACACCAGGAUUAUCAACAUGACCUUCUGUUUGGUCGCUGGCUCCUCUUGUUGGGUUAUGCUUAACUCCAGCACCUGCUGGUUUUAUUAUACCAGCUUUUACACAAACACAUAUUCCCUGUCACCAGGCAUAACUGUAUUUUCACAUGCAUUCAUGGACACACACGCACGCACACACACACACACACACACACACACCUGGAAUCGCGUACAUUAAUUGAGAUGAAAUCUAACAAAUACACAGGUAAAAUUGCUUGAUUGUAACGUUUACUAAUAGUCACACAUGCACACACGCAUGCAUUUUCACUGUUUUUUCAUUUAGUCUGUUUCCCAGCACAAGGGAAAUCACUCACAAUAUAUUUUUAGCUCCAAAAUCAGUAAAUGUCUUAAUUUUAAGUUAAAUUUCAAUUUUCACAUCUACAUCUCACUAUGGCUUUUUGCUUCUGCAUAACUGGUGUUUUUCUCUUCUUUUACUUUGAUUACUUACAGUUAUUGCUAGCUGAACUUCUGUAUAUUAUAUUCAUAAUUAGCUGGUUAGUUAUUUAUGUUUAAUUUUUGCUUGAAAUCAGGUGCAAAGCAUUUGAGUUACCUGUCCACCAUCAAAACAAUCUUUUAAGGACAUGUAAACACACCAUCCCAGUGAAUUUGUUCAAUCUGGAAAACAUAUAUAUUUUUGUUUAUUUUUGUUCAUGCUGAAACUUAUUUGAGUUUCUAUUUUGAAGUACUGUACUCAUGAAAUGAGAGCUUUUUCUAAGGCAUUGAAAUCCAGGAAAAAGGGGGCUGGGAGUGCUUUGUUAAACAAACUGAGGCCCUCCCACCCUGAUGCGCACAGCGGGCUUUGUAAGACAAGAAGAAUGACUUGAAUUUUUUUUUUUUAAGAUUUAGAUUUUAUCUCUACUUCGGCAGAUGUUUUGGCAUUUUAAACCGCUUGAAGCUUACAGGAAGUAAAGCUUCAUGUGAGGAAAAAGUAUUUGUUUUUAUUUUUAUCUUUUGUUUCCCCAAAUCCUUCUUUUCCUGGUGGUCAUUAAUGCACUUUUGUGAGUUGUAACUGUGUAAAUGUUCCUGCUUUUAAAAAUGACCAUCUUUUCUCAGACACCUAAGUUGAACUUGAAGGUACUAAGUGUAGGGUUGUCUUAUUAUUGCAUCAUUUUUAAGUCCUAUGACUUGUUGUUUAACUUAGUAAACAAUCAGUGGGUUUCUGUGCAGAUGUCAACCAUAGCAGGUAUUAUUCCUAACUACCAGUCCUGUGGUUAAACAUUGUGGCUGGCAACAGUUUAACAUCCAGCACAGCUUUUUAUCAACUGGCCAUCAAAGAGGAAAUAAUUUUCUGUGUUCUCUCUAUAAUCAUGCGUAUAAUUGGACAGAUUGUAUCUGAGUGUGUGACCUUCUGGUCAGUGAGCCUGUUGAGUAAAUAAAUUUAUCUGACAUUUGACUUUUCUACCAGCAGUUAUUGAAGUGUCCUUGAACUGUGUGCUUGAGUUGUUUAAGAGGCAUUGAUCCGAUCUUCUCUGUCCUCUCUUUAAAAUAAGGUGCUAAAAGCUGAUCGUUUCUGCUUGGCACACAAACAGCAGCGGAGGGGAGAAAUAUAAAUGUAAGCUAAGAUUUUAAUUUAACUUUUAACAUCAAAUUUGGCAUGUUUACAGUAAUUCUGUUGUGCAUUGAUCACAGAUCACUGAUUGUAGGUGUUUAUUGGGUGGCAGUAUGUUUAAAUACAAAGGACCUUUUGUGCAUUGCAUUGCUGUUAAUGCUAUCUAGAGAUCCAUUUAUGCUAGACAGAAUAAUGGAAAUCCUACACCUACAACCUGCAGAUUUGGAAACUUGGACUGUGUGUUGGCUCAGUGCUUGAGAUUUUUGUACCAUAGAUGUAAAUAACACCAAAAAGAAUCUGAGGAGUCACGCAGAGACAAAAGGCCUGCCUGAACGUCAGUGAGUUGRACUGUGUGGCUCUAGCAAACACAAUAUAUAGUUCUAUUUUUUGCUGUUCAGUUAUCAGUGGAUUCAUCUUCUUGCACUCACUGUGAAACUGUUGUUGAGCCCAGGGCCAAACUACAUCUCAUUGCUGCUUUUGCACCAGCUUCUGCCAGUGUUGUCCAAUGUUCCUGGUAACUGAUUGGCUGGGCUUUGUUGCCAUAGGCACUUGACAUUUACUGUGAUGGGAAUUUGCGUGGAACUGAGUACGAGUAUUGCAGUGAAAAGUCAAAUGUGGCUCCCACAUAAUCCGAAGACGACACAAACCUUGGAUUAAACCUCUACACACCUUAAAAUGAGAGCAAUACUGGGGCACAGAGAUUUACUUCCAUUUUUGGCAGUGAUUUUAUUUAAGAAUGUUGGUAUUCUAAAGUAUGUUUAUCCACGUCAUUAGUCACCACAUUUAACAUGAAUUAGAAACAAAUUUUGCAGUAUGAUUCUACAGCGAAGAGGCACAGCAGUCUUCUUCCAGGUGCUAAAUAUGUGUUUUAGUUAAAGACUUGCACAUUUACAUCAAUGCAAACAGAGUAUGCAAUUACACAGACAAAUCAGCCAUUCUUCACACAUGUUUAGACUUUGAGUUUAUUAUUUUAUGACUCCCCACCUUUAGUAAAGAUCUCUAAUCGUAGGAAAUUAUUACCACCAUAGAUUCAGGUGGACUCUGGUAGAUUCUGGCUGUGGCUGAUAAGUCUCUGUGCCUUUUCAGACAGAGCCAGUCUUUUUUCUUUCUUUUUUUUUUGAUAUUUUAAAAAGAUUCAUAGUUGGUGAAAACAUUGUGGGAGGCUGUUGGGUUCUCCGUCUCCUUUAACCAAAAGGAGCAACAAACAUCCUGCACAGCACGUCGUCCGAAACUUUCUCAGCSAGAAUCUGUGACCUCCUUCACACGAUGUAGACACAGAGGCUGGUAGUUGACCUGUACAACAGGUGAUUUCUUUUAAACAUGUAAAACAAAAAAAAGUUUCAUCUUAGWGUUUGACGUUUUUUUUUUUUKUUUKUUUUUUUGCUUUGCUUUAGUCAGCUUCUUAUGCAACAUUGCUGACUGUUGGCAAAGAAAAAAGCAAAGGUGAUGCACCAACAUCUGCCAGCAGUUUUACUGUAUAGUCUCAAUGCUUUAAUGACGGGAGUUGGUUCUGAUGAGCUAAUACAGUUUUUGAGACUUGAGUGAGAAUUAUUCCUUAGCUGCUGGGCUUUUAGAUCUGUGAGAUAGAUUAGACUUCUGCUAUUUGAAAAUGAAAAUGGUCAGGUUGAGGAGAAACGAGAGUGCAACCCAAAAUUAGCUUAUUGCCUUUUUUUGUACCUUUUACGGUUUUGCUGACUUUAGGAUAUGUGAUUGCAUGAAUAAUCUCUGGUUGGGUGAAACUUUCGUUGCAGGACAUUUUUGUUUAUAUUUUAGUGCUUCCUCUGUUGAAUGUUUGAGCCUUCUCCUACUGCACCAUGUUUAUAACCGGGGAUGGGAAUGAAUAUAGUCCUUUUAUGAGCUAAAGGUGAAACUAGUUAAUAUUAAAUACGAGUCAUGUAAAGAGCUGACUGAGCAGAGGCCAGUCUCUUAAAAUGCUACCUAAAAAUGCCUAAAAAUGCKUAGUUACAUAUUCUUUUCUGGUAGCAUGGUUUUUUUUUUUUUGUUUGUUUGUUUUGCCAUAUUUAAAACAUGUUUCUGGCAAUAGUAAAGUUGCUCCUUAUCUGUUGCAUGAAAAUUGGCAGUAAUAAAAAUUAAACUUCCCAUCCCCUCAUAUAACUAAGACAUAUUUAAGUUUUUGCUAUAGCAUGACUGUAUUUUUUAUGAUUUUUGCGACAAGCUUAGCGUUGAAUAAUGACAAACUUACAGUGAAAACAAGCUAUAGUCUCAGUGCAGGAUCCUAAGCUAAGCAGGCAGACCUUUUAGCAAAAGCUGGUGGUUGGCUAUUUUAGUUUAAAAAACACAUUUAGUGUGGCCAUGUUUUUAUGUUCACCGAAUCUGCAGCUACACUUUUAUCUGGCAGAAACUAACUUUGGCUGUGACUUGCKGAGUGUUGUUGAACAGGUUGAGUGAAAUAUUAGAAGGGUGCAAGAAAAGGAGGCAAUAAGCUGGUAUUUUGAAUUAAAGCUUCAUCGGCACAACCUCGGCCUCCUUCCUUCCAUUGGUUUGYUCCAUCUCAACUGCUCAACCUAAAACCUAACGGCUUACACCCACCUGGGCKCGACAUUACUUCGCAUUGGAUUCGAAUCGGAAAUUAAACGCGAGAUUCUCGGACUGUAUGAGGAUAUGAAGCUUUCUCGUGGGGGCGAGCUUGAUGAAAAGCUACAGAGAAGGGGAAUCGGAGCYGUUUGUCCCUCUUUGCUUACUUUACUUGACGGCAGAGCUGCGACGAUCCUCAAUGGCCACGGGAGGCCGCUGAAUCGCACCGCACCGCCCACAAAUGUUUGUCAUUGCAAGUGUGCACUCAAGGCAGACACGUGCUGUGACCUUUGACUGUGUAGCAGUAUUGUUGUCGCCAUCUUUGUUACAUUAUGAAUUUUAUUUUGUGUUUUAAGAGUAAAGACAUUGAUUUAAGAAAAAAAGGCUUUUUCAAAAUGGAUUGCAAGCUUUGAAGACUUGAUCAUCAUGUGUAGAUUAGAGGUGAGGGUGGCGUUGUUACAUGUACCUAUGAGCCGAGGCUGUUUUAAUCAAAGAGGUUCAGUGUGUGCUAUGCAGCCUUGAAAGCACCACCCUCACAGUUUUUAAUCACUGCCAAGCUGUUUGCAGCCAUCUUAAAUGUAAGGCCACUCAGUCCUUGUCUGUUAUGUACAGUAUAUUGUGAUUUUUAUUUUUUUUUUUGCAA